AUGAGCCGCCAGUUGACCCUUUACCCCAGCGGGGAGCGCCUGGGCUUCAGCGGCUGCUCGGCUGUCAUCUCUGGCCGGUUCAGCAGCAGUCCUGCCUCCUUUAGGGCCGGAGUCAAGAGCGCUGCCACCUUCGGUAGCAAGAGCCUCUUCUGCGUGGGGGGCGGCCGGCGCUUGGCGCUCAGUGCAGCAGCGCGGGGUGGCGGCUAUGCCCUGGGCCAUGGGGGCGUGGGCGGCGGCCGCCCAGGCGGCUUCGUGGGCACAGUGUUUGGCAGCGCAGGGCUGGGGCCCACGUGUCCGUCCGUGUGCCCUCCUGGUGGCAUCCCCCAGGUCAUUGUCAACAAGAGCCUCCUGGCCCCCCUCAAUGUGGAGCUAGACCCCGAGAUCCAGAAGGUGCGCGCCCAGGAGAAGGAGCAGAUCAAGGUGCUGAACAACAAGUUUGCUUCUUUCAUCGACAAGGUGCGGUUCCUGGAGCAGCAGAACCAGGUGCUGGAGACCAAGUGGAACCUGCUGCAGCAGCUGGACCUGAACAACAGCAGAAAAAGCCUGGAGUCCAUUUAUGAAGCCCGCAUCAGUACCCUGCGGAAGCAGCUGGAGACACUUUCUGGAGACAGGGUGAGGCUAGACUCGGAGCUGAGGAGCAUGCGUGAUGUGGUGGAGGACUACAAGAAGAGGUACGAGGUGGAGAUUAACAGACGAACUGCUGCCGAGAAUGAGUUUGUGAUGCUGAAGAAGGAUGUGGAUGCUGCCUACAUGAACAAGGUAGAGCUCCAGGCCAAGGUGGACUCCUUGACAGAAGAGAUCAAAUUCUUCAAGGAUCUCUACGAAGGGGAGAUUGCUCAGAUGCAGUCCCAUAUCAGUGACACAUCUGUUGUCCUGUCCAUGGAUAAUAACCGGCAGCUGGACCUGGACAGCAUCAUUGAUGAGGUCCGCGCCCAGUAUGAGGAGACCACCCAGAAGAGCAAGGCUGAGGCCGAGGCCCUGUAUCAGGGCAAGAUCCAGGAACUGCAGGUUGCAGCAGGCCAGCAUGGGGACGACCUCAAGCUCACCAAGACAGAGAUCUCGGAGCUCAACCGGCUGGUUCAGAGGAUCCACUCGGAAAUAGGAAAUGUGAAGAAGCAGUGCUCCAGUCUGGAGACGGCCAUCGCUGACGCGGAGCAGAGGGGUGACUGUGCCCUUAAGGAUGCCCGGGCCAAGCUGGAUGAGCUGGAGGGAGCCCUGCAGCAGGCCAAGGAGGAGCUGGCCCGAAUGAUGCGCGAUCACCAGGAGCUCCUGAGCGUGAAGCUGGCCCUGGACGUGGAGAUCGCCACCUACCGCAAGCUGCUGGAGGGCGAGGAGAGCAGGAUGUCUGGUGAAUACCCAAAUUCCGUGAGCAUCUCUGUCAUCAGCAGCACCAAUGCAGGCGCAGGAGGGGCUGGCUUCAAUGUGGGCUUUGGCACCUCGACCAGUUACAGCUACAAACCUGUGGCUAUGGAGGUCAAGACCAAAGGCAGCUGUGGCGGCGAGCUCAAGGAUCCCCUUGCCAAAACCUCGAGCAGUAGCUGUGCAUCCAAAAAGGCUUCCAGAUGA